GCGAUGCCAGGUAAUAAAAGUGGAAAAAUUAAGUGAAUGAAGUAUUUGGAGGGUAUAAACUACAAUUUGUUUGAAAAGAUUUGUGAUGAGUCGUUCAGCUAGUUAGUGAAUGCAACCAUGGCUGUACCAGACAGAUGGCUAAACUGUCCUCGCAAAGGCCAACUCAUUGCAGGGAAGUUUUUACCCUUCAAGACACCUCUUGGACCGCAGUACAACAAUAAAAUACCUGAAGAGAAUCGCUUUGACCUGCCCAUGCUGUUUUCAUACCUGGAUAGCUACAAGGUCAAGAUGGGACUUUUGGUCGAUCUGACUAAUACCAAUCGCUUCUAUAACAAGGAGAUCGCUGAAGCUAAGGGAGCCAGACAUUUCAAGCUGCAGUGUCGAGGACACGGAGAAUGUCCAUCCGUUGAACAGACUCAGGCAUUUAUCAAAGUGUGCUCCAACUUUGUCUCCAAGAAUCAAGAGGACAUCAUCGGCGUACACUGCACCCAUGGGUUCAACAGAACUGGCUUCCUGAUCUGUGCUUACUUAGUCGAGCAGAUGGAUUGGAGCAUUGAUGCGGCAGUCAACGUCUUUGCAAAAGGGCGCCCUCCCGGCAUUUACAAAGGCGACUACAUCCAGGAGUUGUACAAACGCUACGGCGAUGUGGAAGAUUCGCCACCUCCCCCUGAACGGCCCAACUGGUGCUUAGGUGCAGAUGACAGAGAUGAGGCUGAAGUGUCAAACAACUCCAGAACAAGUAGCACUCAAGGUGAUCCAGCUUCCCGCCAUCAGCGAGGCGGGGUCAACGUAAAUAAACAGUUUAUGGAAGGAGUGACCGGUGUAAGCAUUGUGACUGAUUACCAGAUGGUUAACCGUUUGAAACAGAAGCUGCAACGCAUGACUGGCUGGCAUAAAUUGGAUUUCCCCGGUUGCCAGCCAGUGUCACUGGAUAAUAAAAACAUCGCUGCUCUGAAACAUAAACUCUACAAAGUCAGUUGGAAGGCUGAUGGUAUCAGGUACAUGAUGUUGAUUGACGGACCAGAUCAAGUCUACAUGUUUGACAGAGACAACACAGUAUUCUCGGUCAAAAAUCUCUCCUUCCCUAAACGCAAAGAAGAAGGCCACUUAUCAGAAACAUUACUGGAUGGUGAGAUGGUGGUUGAUAAGGUGGAUGGUCGGGCUAUUCCUAGGUACCUGAUCUACGACAUUGUUAUAUUUCAGGGCCAGCCGGUGGGUAACUGCGACUUUGAUCGCAGAUUGUUAUGCAUCGACAAGGAAAUAAUUCAAACAAGAAAUCAGCACAUUGCACAAAGAGCCAUCGAUAAGACCAUUGAACCUUUCAGCUUACGUAUGAAGCAGUUCUGGGAUAUCACCAAAACAAAAAAUAUAUUGGAAGGCCAUUUUUCACAGCAGGAAUUGGGCCAUGAAACCGAUGGAGUUAUUCUUCAGCCGCAACAAGAUAGGUAUGCCCCAGGUCGAUGCGACACUGUUCUGAAAUGGAAACCUCCCAGCCUGAACUCAGUUGACUUCAAAUUACAGAUCACCUCAAUGCGUAGAGAAGGCAUGCUGCCAGAAACCAAGGGUUUCCUGUUUGUAGGAGGCUACCCCAACCCGUUCGCUGAGAUCAAACUGACCAAGGAGCUCAAACAGUACGACAAGAAGAUCAUUGAAUGCACCUUUGAGAAUGGAAAGUGGGUGUUCAUGAGGGAGCGGACCGACAAGAGCUUUCCGAAUGGCCACACUACUGCUGUCGCUGUGUGUAACAGCAUUGCCAAUCCUGUGACCAAGGACAUUCUUCUGAAUUACAUCCGAGACUAUGCCAUAAAGCCAGGUGGUAGUAAGCGACCGUCGGGUGACAGCUCUAGCAGUGCACCACCAGCCAAAGCCAUCAGGUUAUCCAAACCACAGACAGCCGACAGCCAGUUAAUGCCGCCACCGCGUCACGUAACGUCCGACCAGCGACCGGACGUGCAGACAGUGAGGGACAGGAGCUUUCAGAAGAUAUAGUGAUUGAAGACUGGCCCAUCCUAGACCAUUCUAUGUGCUGAUUUAUCACUGCUAAAAAAAAACCCUGAAGUAUUCGGUAUCGCUCAGCAGACACUGUUUAUUAUGAUUUGGCUAGUUGCGAUCAAUUUCCUGCGAUGGGCAAGGGAUUGUACUUUCAAAUUCAUUACUGUGGCAAGGCACUGUGGAGGGCAUCAGAUAACCUGGUGCAAAACAAACACGAUGGUCACUGUUUAAACGUGCUGCAAAUUGUCACAUACAUUGAUGCCAGGCCGAUGCUGAUUAGAAAUGAACAGUUGAAAAUUCCUUCCAAGUUGGAUAAUUUUUAUACAGCGUCAGUUUAAAUGCCCUGUAAAGAACCUAACUCCAUGUACUAGAAGAGAAAGAAAACACUGCUGCUUUCUCCUGGUGGGUGCUGGGGAUCUCCUACGUCUCAGAGCCUGAUUUCUCCAGUGAGACUUUUCUGUCUGGGGGAAGGAGUGAUGUGCCACACAUGUAUGAUUGUGAGAGCUUGCCUCAUUCCCUACAUGUACGUCAUCAUUCACAAUCAGGUUGUUUCGGGGAAGAGGCCUGAGGCUCUUGUUUACAGAGCAGGUCACCAAAAGAAAUGUAAAUACAGGUGUAUAUGUUAUUUUGCUUAGACAUGUGUGGCCUGCCAUGUCUAAUAUCUGACGCUAGAAAAUGCAUGAUCCUGGGUUAUCAACUCACUGAUUCCUCCAGGAAAACUGGUCAGUUGUUGAUUUGUGAGUUUUGAUAUUAGAUUCGUUUGUGUACAUGUAGGUAGUAGGUAGAGGAAGGCACACGGAGGAUAUCAGUAAAGUAGUGUGAAAAGUAACAGGCAGCAUCUGUGACUUGAAUCAAGUCUAGCUGAUUGUAAAGGACAUUAUUAUAAUACUGAGCAAGAGCUAGCAACAAUGACAACUGGAAAUGUACAUGUACAUGUAUUUUCAUCCAAACCUUUGUCUAAUAAACAAACAGUUUCUAAUAAAGUACCUUUUUUGUUUUUUGUUGAUGGGGAAUAAUAAAAUGCGAAUGUGCCAUUCAUAGCUCAUGACAAAGUGAUCAGUACCAGUUAUUAUAAAAAAAAUUGGGGUUUUUAUGGUUCAGUAUUUAUUUUUUUUACAUUAUGCCACUGACUUGAAGGAAUUGGAGCCUUCUGUGGCUAUACAGCAUAGAUGGUCCAUGCCACAGAAGCCUGCAGUUUGUCACUGAGGCAUCCAGAAAGCCUUUCCCAGGUUGAGAUGUUCCAAUGAAAUAGCUUUUAAGGUCGUAGUACCACCAGCAGGGAACCAACCUGAACCUCAGCAGAGAACUGUUCAAAGACGCCUCUCUGCUUUCUUGACGUACCCUGAGGGUUGGCAACUUUGCUGACCCUUUAUCAUCCUGAACAAAGCUGAUUGCGAGGAAUUUGAACUGUCCCUCUUUAGUCACGUGUGACAGUAGUAUCUUGUUGCUGGAAACAUAAAGCGACAGAAUGAGAUGAAAUUUAAUCUCAUGGAAAACUUUUAUUGCCUACUGAUCAGUUCCCUUUGAAUCUUUGGCACCCUUUUUAGGACACUGUAGUAAAGAACGUUGUUUGUGCUGCCGUACCAUAUUCAUGAAUAUGACUUACAUGUAAUUCUUCCAUCUUCUCUAUUAUCUUGUAAUGAAAUUAUGAAAUAUUUUUCUUGUAACAUAUUUUUACUAAAUACGCCAAUUUCAAAAGUGAAGGCAGUUUAAAGAAGAUUACAAGGCAUUUUUUCCUUUUUUAUGUAUUGUAAAUACAUGUAUACAUAAAUGUUCCUUUUUAAUUUAUGUCUCUUUUUCAAAGGUGUUAAUUUUUUUCUCCAUCAGUUAGAUUGUUUAAUUGGCAUUCAGAGGCACUGAAAUGGAUUGGAAAAAAUAAAAAAUCUUAAAAUGUAACAUGAAAAAUAUGCGAAAGCCAGAUUCUAAUGUGUGGUAGUUUCACUACAUUGCCUCUUGCACUGCUUGUUGCAAUAACUGGCACAAGAGAGACUGUUUUGAUCUAUAACCUGGUGUAAUUUGAUUGUAUAGACUUAAUUUCAAGCUUGGCUACUUACUCAGAGGCCAGACCUUUCAGUUUGGUAUUAAAGGCUGUGCUGGCAAAUUGAACAAUCAUGCUGGUUGCAUGAUGAUGUUCUGAGGUUAUGUAUUGUUGGUCAAACUGAAUCAGUUGCAGCACAGUGCAGUGUGCCCUCGCUAAAAAAAACACAACCCAAAAGUAGCACUUAUUUUGUCCCCAAAAUUGUCAAAAACAUGUGUUUUUGGUAGAAAUUAAAACUCGUAGUGUGGUUUCCUGAUACUGAGAGCUUCAGUAUUGGUGCAGUUUUAGAGUGUGAGGAGUUUGUUUUGGAGAAAACCUCUCCAAUUGAACUUGACCAAUGAACUCAAUCUGUAACGGGGUGAUGAUUUUAUUUACUUCUCUAUCAUGAACCACUUUGCACCAUUUAGGAUCCCGUUCGGAUGGAAAGUAGAAGAGGUUUUACCAUAGAAAACCCGUAACAGUUCAAUGUUCUCACUCUACAGGCUAUUCCAAUGAUCUUAUGUGAAAGGGUUUUAAAUGGCAUUUUGAUCGCCAUGGUAAACCCAUUAGAACAAAAAAGCAGUUGACCUACUUAAUCAAGAUAAUCUCAGCAAUGCAUCAGUGGAUUUAAAUGAAGUCUUCAAUUUUUAAACAACAUUCUAAGCUUCAGUUAGAUUGAAAACAUACAGUUUCCGCCAGUUAGUUUGGGAGAAAAGAAAUACUACACCCUGCAUGUGUGUUUGGUCCUGGCCCUUCAUGCUUUGACUCCUUGAGACAAGUCUAUCAGUUGUAAGUUUAAAGUAGUGGGGUGUAUGUGCUGUAUAACUUAUGACCUUCAGACAACUCUGAUAGUCUCUGUCCAGCAGUUGCGGGUAUGCAGUUUCUCCUAUCAAUUAGCAUCAUAUGACACUUUCUGAAAUUAUUUUUGUUUUUCGUAGGCUAAUUUUGUGCAGUGUAAUAAAACAGAAAAGCAUGUCGAUCAACAUAA